UGGUUGGCAUACAUGUACGAAAAAAGAGAGAGAGAAAGAGAAAACAAAUAUUGUUUGUUUAUGUAGGUAUUGACAAUUUUAUUAGUUUUUAUAGACAAUAAAGAAGAUGUAAAGUUAAAAGCUACAUUUAUUUGGUAACAACAGCUACAACGCAAUUUGUCACAGCUGCUACAUAUAUCUACACUAUUACCAGCUGCCAUCAGCUAAUAGUGUUGCUAUCCUGAGAGUGAUAUAAAGAGGCACAAUUUAAUUCUGAAUGCAGGUGCCGCAAUGAAGGCAGUUCACAUGGACUUGUGGUCGAUAAAGGAGAAACUAUGCCUUGCAUCGGCCGUCGUGCAGGAAGGCGAACAGGAUUGGUCAGCUGUAAGCCGUUUGCUGCAGCCAUUUUUAGAACCGAACCGGCCGCCUGAUUGGUUUUCUGAAAGUAACUGUGCCCUGCAGUACAAUGCUCUGUUGGAGAAAGUCGAGGUGCCGCGACGCAAAAAGCGUUCUGGUCCUGAUAAAGGAGAUGCGAAAAUAGAAUCUCCGGGAGAGAUCAUCAAGAAAAAGCUUACAGAUGAACGCAUCGAGGAACUGAAGAGACUUAUGCAGUUGGAAAAAGAGCAGUAUUUGAAAGACAAAGAAGAAAUUGUGCUUAUAAACUGUGGGUACUUAGACGAUCAGCUUCCAGUCAUGUGGGCGGAGAUUCAAGAGGAGAAACAACAAAAGGAGCAUAAAGCCAAACUGCAUGCUCAGUGGCUCAAAGAGCGAGAAGAAAGACAAAGGAAGAUAGAGACAGAACAAGAAUGGAAGCCACCAAUUGUGAUGGGAAGAGUCCAGGAAAAGAUGCAGAGCCUCCAGAGGCGCCGGAAGGCCCAGCGAGCGGGCAGGCGACGCAACAGCAGUCCGUCCAGCCCCAGCAGCGAGCCAGACAGCACCACCGUUGACAGCCCCCUCCCUCCGGACCUCCUCAGGAUGGACGUUUUGCGGGAGGAGUCGGUGGACCCUCAGCCCAAGGUGAGGGUCCUCGCUCCGGUGAGCUCCGCGCCCACCCCCUCCUCCCCGCUCCUCACCAGCCUGCUGAAGAGCCCGUCGCCUGCCCCGUCGUCCCAGGCGUCCAUACUCCACUCGGCGAUCACGGCCCAGAGGGGGGCCUCGCCGACCAUCGCCAGCCUGCUGGGCUCCGCCCCGGGCGCCGUGCCGCCCCCGCCCAGCGCCGUGUCGCCCAGCCUCAAGAACCUGGUGUCCAGCGCCAUCGCCCACGCCUCCGAGGAGCAGCUGAAGCCCCAGGGCACGUCUCCGUCCGCGGGCGCCCCCACGCUGUCCAUGUUGCUUGAGCUGCCGCCCAGCCUGCCGGGCAAGCCCUUGCCCGAGCUGCCCAGCGUCGCUAGGCAACCCGCACCGCAGCCGAUCCAGGCACCACAGACACCAUCCAUGCCACCAGCUCCACCAGCUCCACCAGCACAGCCCCUCCCAACACCACCACCGCCACCACCACCACCACCGCCACGCCCCAGCACCACACCAGCCCAAGAAGUGUUGCAGACAGAGCAAGAAACAGACAAAGAUGAGGAAGAUGAUGGCGAGCUUGUGGAAGUGAAAUUUGAAGAUCUGAAGGAAACUGUGCAGUGUGAUGAACUGACAGAUGAAGCAGUUUUGGAAAUGGUGUUGGCCACAGAGGAUAUAGUCUGCACGGAGCCGGCGAAUGUUACCAUCGCGAGUGGGGCAGUGGACGUGAAAGGCAGCUGGGUGAGAGCUCUCGACUUUGGAAACGAGGUCAAGGAACAAUAUGAAGAAGUUGGCAGUCAAAAUGUACAGAAACACGAUGGAAAAAUCAUCGUAGCUAUGCAUGAACAAGUGAUAAGCGAACCUGUGAAGGAGACAAGUCCUGAGGAGAAGAAUGUGGAAGAUGCCCCAGAAACAGCAGAGAGCGAUCAUCAAGUGAAUGAGGAGGUUCUGGUGGAAGUCAUAGAUGCUGAGGGCGAGAAAGAGGACAAUGGGGUGGUCGGCAGCGAAGUGGAAGUCGCAACGAAAGGCGAGCAGGAUCUGACGGAGGGCUACGCCGUGAACGGUGCGGAGCCGAGCGGAAUGGUCGUGGCGGACAUGGAGCAGGAAGUGUUCAACAUCCAGGAAGUCGAGGUGCCCAUGUCCGAAACUGUUGCGGAGGUGGUCGAGAUAAUGGGGGACGAGUCCCAGAGCGAGCUCCUGGCUCCGGUGAUGGGAGACAUCUCGGAGCAGCAGGUCUUGGAGGUGAUAGUCGGGCCUGCCUUGCCGGCUUCGAGCCCGGACCCGGCGGUCGAGCUCGCGGAGAAGCAGGACGACGUCAAAGGCGGUGACAAAGAUAAACAUACUGACGAAGAGUCUGAUGAAGAAGUUCUGAGCAGUGAUGUGAACAAGAAGGUCCGAGAGGUCAUCGUGAACGACGUCGAGGCUAGCCGGCUGUCCGAAACGCCCGACACAAAACUUGAACUGGUGCCUGAGAAGUCAGAAUUGGGAACCGAGGAGAGUAAAAAUGGGUUUGAUUCCGAAGCAGCAGAGACGGGAAAGCAAAGUGGUAAACAAAAAACAGAUGAUGAUGAUAAGGUUAGAUACAGAAAGAAGAAACACUCAAAAGGAAAAAAGAAAAAACAUUCCAGAGAAAAGAGGAAUGAUAGUAAAAGCAGGUCGAAAGAGAUUGAUUCAAAGACUGAUUCAAAAUCAUCAGAAAAGAAAGAAGUUGAAAAAAAUGCUGAAGAUGUAACAAAAGAUAAAGUUAAGAAUGAUGGUAAAAUUGGUGUAAAAAAGAAGGAUGAUAAAACAGAAAUAAUAGUUCAGAAGAAAGAGGUUGCCAAAGAAGAAAAGAAAGGGAUUAUAAGAGAGGUUUCACCAGAACAAGUAAAAACUUCUAAAGAAGGCAAAAAUAUGUCUGAUCUAAUCCAGAAGAAUAGAAGUGGGAAGGAAGAUGGAAAACAGACAAAAAAUUUGAACAUUGACAAGAAGGAGAAAGAACCGAUGAAGGAAAUGAAACCAGUUUCAAAUGAAACUGACUCUUCAAGAGAUAAGUUACUCAAUUCAAAAGAAUCUUCCAAGAAAGACAAAGGAUCUGUGAUUGAAAAACCGUAUCGGGGCCAUCGCAAGGGACAGGAUGUUAAAAACGAGGAUGUUCCUGCCAAAGAGGAGGUCCCACGCAAAGAUAAGAAGGACAAGAAAGAUGUUGCUCAUAAGAAAUCUGAUAAGAGCUCUGACAGUGAAGGAGGGACUGGUUCUGGGUUCUUGAAGGAACCGACUCCAGCACCAACCGACGAAGAGGACGAAAAACCACUUGCUGAGAUAGCAGAUGAGAAGAAACUGCAACUGGUUUCAAACAUUUUAGCCAAGGAGGAGAGGCCAGCUCGCGGCGCGGAGCCUCAGUCCGGCGAGGACGACAAGGCGAGCGACGCGGAGCCGUCGAGAGUCGCAAGCAAGAAGCAGCGCGCCGCUGCCAGCACGCCGAUAGACUCCGUGCCCAACAGCCCGGCAGCCUCCUUCACGACGGAUGAGGAGCGAGAACACAAGGCCUGGAAGAAGGCGAUCAUGCUGCUCUACAAUCGCCUGGCCACUCACAAGUACGCGUCGCUGUUCCUUCGACCCAUAACCAACGACCUCGCACCGGGGUACAGCAGCUACAUAUACAGGUCUCAUGAUAUUCCCGUUGUUUCAAUAUAUUCCGCAAGUCCAAAACCUGCAGAUGGGGUGGGCUGCUCUAAAUGGUUUUCUACGCCACAAAGAAGUGCUCAUGGGACAACAAAAUUGAUAGAAUUAUUUGCCGAAACUUCUUGUUCAUCUGAAAUAACAGACUUAAAUUCGCGAUCAGAAUUUUCAAAUGAUAUUACAUCAUUACCACCAACACCAAAUAAAGAUUCGGCUCCCUAUAGAGGUGUUUCAGAAGAAGUGGAGAUAGGGACUGGGGAACCUGAUUGCACAGCCAAUGACUCAAUGGAUAUAUUAGAACCUGAACUACAUGGUCGCAGGAUAUUCGAUGUGAAAGGCCUGUUUUCGCAAAUUUCAAAAAUAUGCCAACUGCUCUUUCAGCAACAUGGAAUUCUUUAAAGAAGCAAGACGAAGAAUGCAGAGCAUUUUUUUACUUUCGGUGUUCAAUGUGUGGAACAGUUGAAACACUAAAUACAGAGAACCCAUCAAAACAAUUUCAGAUGAAUAUUAAUGAUGCUUGAACUACCGGCAUGCUGAUAACGGGACAAGGUUAUGCACAAAUGAGGGACAUAACAUCAACAUUAGAAAUUCCAUGCAUGGCCAAAGAGACUUUCCAGAGGCACCAAAGGAGUUUGUCAUCGGUGAUAAACAAUGCCGCUUGGGAGGAAAUGGAAGCUGCAGGAAAGGAAAAAUAUUAUUUGGCCAUAUCUGGAGGUACUGUUGACGAAAAUGGCACACCCAUUAUUAAAAUAAUAACUGAUGGAACUUGGUGCAAAAGAUCGUUUGGAAUUUGGAACUAGUUACAGGGCCUUGUCUGGAAUGGUGAGUAAAUAGUAAUACACAAUUACAUUUGAAUAUGUGUGUAUGAGAAUGUGCGUGUGUUUAAGCGAACAUUUCAUUUGUUGUCAAAACUUACUUUGUACUUAUUUACAGGCUUGUAUUAUUGGAGCGCGCAGUAGAAAAGUAUUAUUUGCAAGCACUAGAAAUUCCUACUGUUGCAUAUGCGCUCGAUCUUCCACUAAGAACGAACCAUCACAUGAACAUAUUUGUUAUAAAAACUGGUUAAAAACACCAACAGCGAUGGAAGCAGAUAUAAUUGUGGAAGGUUUCAAAAACAGCAUGUCAAUGCACAAUUUGAAAUAUGGGUACAUUAUA